AUGGGGAAAAUAGCCCAGCGAAAAUGGAAUGAAUCUGACAUGAUAAAAGCAAUAGACGCAGUUCGUAAAAAAAAUAUGGGAUGGAAAAAGGCUAGUAAACACUUCAAUGUGCCCAAAACUACUCUUAUAAGAUUAUCUAAUGUUAAGUACGGCACAUCUGAAGAGGCAGUAAAAGUAAAGAGGGGUAGGCCAACUGUUUUGAGUAAAGAUAUUGAAGAGGAGCUAGUUACUUACUGUCUUGCGAUGGAGGCAUCAUUUUUUGGUCUUACUCGUGCUGAUCUCCGAAGAAUCGCUGUCCAAUUGGCAGAAAGAAAUCAAAUCGCACACCCUUUCAAAAAUGAAAUUGCAGGGAAAAAAUGGGUACGUCUUUUCUUACAAAGGCACAAGUCUAAGUUAUCAGAAAGAAAGCCAACUGGGACUUCUUAUAGCAGGGCUCUUGGGUUUAGCAAGGAAAAUGUUGAGAUGUUUUUUGGCCUUUUGGAUGAAGUUUAUGAGAAGGAAAAAUUUACUCCUGAUAGAAUUUAUAAUGUUGACGAGAGCGGAAUAACCGUUGUUCAAUCAAAAGUAGCAAAGGUUGUAGGUCUAAGGGGGAAAAAACAGGUUGCUUCCUUGACUUCAGGAGAGCGUGGAGCCCUAAUCACUGUUGUAGCUUGCCUGAGUGCUAGUGGUUCUUUUGUGCCCCCGUUGGUAGUUUUCCGUAGAAAAAACAUGAGUGAACAACUUACAAAAGGAGCUCCAGCUGGAACUAUCUUUUCCACACAUCCUUCAGGAUGGAUUCAGACAAAUUCUUUCACAGAGUGGUUUCGACAUUUCAUUAAGUUCUCCAAUCCCACCAAAGAAAAACCUGUGCUCUUGUUGCUGGAUGGGCACUUUAGCCACACCCAAAACAUAGAUUUAAUUGACCUGGCAAAAGAAAAUCAUGUGACCAUUCUUUCUCUGCCUCCCCACUGCUCUCAUAAACUCCAGCCGUUGGACAAGACCUUCAUGGGUCCUCUGAAAAUCCAUUACAGUGAUGAAAUAAGACAGUGGCUCAGAAUUAACCAACGUCCUGUCACCGCGUUUGAUGUGAUGGAGUUAUUUGGUAAAGCUUACAUCAAAUGUCAGAGAGCUGAAGUAGCGAUCAAUGGUUUUAAAGUAACUGGGAUAUGGCCAUUGAACAAAACAAUAUUCUCGGACGCUGAAUACAUAGAAGAAGCUAACAAACAAAGAGAUUCCUCUUUUUAUGAAGCUGUAUUGAAGAAAAAUAAACCUAAAGGCACAAACCUAAGCCCACCAAUAAAUCAGAACCAAAGUACUUCGAAUGAACAAGGUGGUUUUCAAGAGAUCGAUUUAAAUAGGCCAUCAGCAUCAACAAGUUCAGUAGUUGGUUAUCUUCCUUUGCCGGAUGAAGAACUCGAGAUGAGCCCUGCCACAUCUUGUCAGAUCAGCCCAUUUGACAUAACCCCACUUCCACAAGUCAAGAAAAGAACGUCAAAUAGAGGACGAAAAGCCUGCAAGUCUACAGUCAUUACUUCUACUCCUUAUAAAACUCAAUUAGAGGAGGCCAAAAAAGCUAAAGAAGAGAAGGAAGCACAGCAAAAGGCAAAGAACCGUAUUACUGGAGGAUGUCGGGGGAACCGGAAGAAAGGAAAACAACUGAUUAAGAAACGUCUUUCUUUUGAUGAACGGGAUGAAAAAGUAUCCGGCAGUGAAGCAGAUGAGAGUGUCUCAUCCGGAAAUUCAGAACUCGAGGUACCUCCUGGUGUAAUUCCAGCCAAAGAAGACGACGCGGCUUGUAUGUUUUGA